UUGUUGAUAGGAAUAGUUGGUUUCUCUCUUGUGCGCCCCCGCUGUUCGCUUUUACUGUUCUUGAAUCCCUUGUUUUCUGUUUCUCAGUGCCAUGCGGCUUUUGAGUGUCCAUUCUUCCCUCCCUUCCUCUAUGUGAUUUCAGUUUGGGAGUGAAUUUUGGUGCUCAUGGGCUUUCCUUUCUCCAAAGAAUGUGAAAUUUUGUAUUGAUUCUGCAAAAUUUUUCUUCAUCUGUUGAAGACUGAUGUUUAUUGCACAAAAUUUCACCAGGAUCUCAAUCUGCAAUGUCUCGAUCCCGUAAUAUCAUAUUGGCCUCUGGAUUACUUGCCUUUGCUGCUGCUGGCUUGUCUUUUCCUUUUGUCUUGGGGACAUCGAGGAUGAGACCUGUAAUUGAUCCCACAAAACCAUUACCCCCACAGGCAACUUUUAGAGGGCCAUAUGUGAACACGGGAUCACAAGAUAUUGGUCCAGACCCUGGUCGUAACCAAAAGCUCUAAUUCUUGGUGGUUUCAUGAAAUGAUGCACCCUUCCAAGGUGCCUGAGAAGGUAAUAGUUCACCAUAUGAAGCAAGAUUUUGUUGACAUGGCAUGUGCUUUGGAUGAAUAGCCUGAUGCCGGUUACUUGAGCAGUUGUUUAUAUGGUGAGAUCUGUAGCUUGUUGUUGAAAGCAGGUUAUAUAUAUGAAUGGAGUUAAGAGAUUCUCUACUUCAAACCAUGGAAAUUGUAUAUACCCUUCCUUGUUUCCUUCAGAGGUUUGUGCAAUUCCUUUGUAUUUAUGGUUAAAUUUAGCCUCACAUGUGAACGUGAGGGAGUGCGGGGAAUGGGGUGGGGGUUAAGAUUUUAUUUGUUACAGAUGUUUAAUUUAGUUUGUCAAAGUUGGUGUCCUUAGAGGAAGGAGCUUCCCAGAGGAAGGAGCUGACGUAGCACUAGAGCACACUGUAAACUUACUCUCCCUCGAGCAAAAGAGCUUCUUGGGAAGAUUUUUUUGAUAUGAAAUUUUGGGAUCCAUUUUAGGGUUAA